AUGGAUAAAAAUAUAUGUGAAAAGUUCAAGAAUGUGUGGGAGGAUUUCCCCGAUACAUUGGGGAGUGAUGGAAAAUAUCAAUUUAAUAGCAAUAAACAUUUCAAAACUUAUUGUAAUAAUAAUACUUGUGAUAUGCCUCUCGAAAAAAUUAAUGCGGGAUGUCUAUAUUUGUUUGAUGCAUUCUUUAAGGAUUCUAAUUUGUUUAAGUCGGUUGCAAAUAGUAACAUCAAUAUUGUUGAAUACAUUAUGAUAUGGUUAAGUUAUAUGUUAAGCCUAAAGGAAAAUAAUGAAAGCCACAUCAGUACUCUACAACAUUUUUAUAAAACAGAUAUAAAGGGUGGUGAUAAGUAUAGUAAUCCUAUAGUUAAUAUUAGUGAAUAUAGCAGUUAUAAGGAACUUAUAGAUACAAAAUGUUAUUUUUUAAGUAUGAAUAAGAGCAUGAUAACUAAAUUAUAUGAUGCAUUUAAAUUAUUAUGUGAAAUGCAUAUUGAGUAUGAAAAAAACAAGUCAAAUUGCACAAAAUGUUCGGAAAAAGCUGAAGCAUUUGUUACAAAAUAUAAUGAACUUAAUCGAGAUCAUAAUAAUAUUGAUGAAAGUUCAUACAAACAAUUAUUGUGUACUUUAUCAACCGAUUAUGAUAAUUUUAAAAAUAAAUGUAAUAAUACUCAAUGUUGCAAAUCUUCACCCCUUCCAACGAUAGAUAAAAAUAUUACUGUAAAAUGUUCUGCACAAAUGUCUGGAGAUACAUCAAGUUCGUCGAUAGGAAACAAAUUAUUUAUAGUUUUAUCUAUAUUCGUUGCAAUCGGAAUUUUUUUGGGAAUUUCUUAUAAGUAUUCGUUAUUUGGAUUUCGGAAACGAUUUCAAAAACAAAAAUUAAGAGAAAAAAUAAAAAAUAUAAAGAAGAGAAUGAAUCAAUAA